ACCUAUAAAAGUAGCGAGCAGGAUCUCUCAGCACAGUAUAUAUGUAGCUUGUGAUAGUGUAACUUAUUAAUUGGAAAGAUAAACAUGAAACUGUGUCUGGCUCUCUUCGUUGUGGUGGCGGCCGCGGCAUCCACCUUGGCCGUGGAGAGGGGCCCGCUGAUAGAUUCACUUGAACCAGUCAAAUCUCGUGAAUUGAAUGAAGUUGAAACUCAGAACAACAGACCAAAAAGAUUCCUCUUAGGAGCUGGAGCUCUCGGGGCUGGAGUCGCUGGAGUAGCCGGUCUCGGUGCAGUUGGUCUUGGAGCUGGUCUGAUUGGUGCCAAGGCUGGGUUAAUCGGAGGUGCCUUAAUUGGCAGUGCCCUUCACGGCAGGAGUUUGGGCGGCGGUUACGCAAGCGGCUACGGUGGAUAUUAUGGCGGCGGAUACGGAUACGGCGGUGGUUAUGGACAUGGCGGAUACGGCGGACACGGUGGAUAUCCUUACGGAGGAUACGGAGGAUAUGGCCACGGAUACAGGACAUACUACCCCACGACGUACUACGUAUCCGAUCCCUGGUGCUGAUUGUGUUAUGAUUUCUAGAUUAUAAAUAAUAAUUUUCGAAGUGUGCAAGAGAUGUGUGUGACUAUCUCCCG